UCCAGGUGCUGACGUCACAGGUGAUAUAUAAUGAAGAUUGGGGAGGAUAGCGUCAUUCUGCUGCGAGACACACAAGUGUAUGGAGCUCAAUCUUUGUUUAAAUAAUUGGAAUUUUAAAGGAUUAACAAAAAGAAAAAAGGUGGUUUAUUGAUGGCUGAAUCAGACAAAGCCGUGUCCAAUGGGAAAAGAAGUUUAAAGACAAAGUCGCCUCAUCUAUUGCUUCAACCAGGAAGCCUUGCCGUGAGAACAACUCCUAAACAAACAUGGAAACAAAAAUAUAAGGAUUUAGAAGAAGAAUAUAGAAGUGUUAAAGAAAAAUUGAAGGAUUAUGAGGAAGAAAGAAACCGAUGUAAUAAGAUAUCUCGGGAACAUGAAGCCCACCUUGUCAGUAGUACUAGCUGCGAGAAUUUACAAGUUGGUAACCAUAACAAAAUUCAUGUAGUACAGACCUUUGAUGCUGAUAAGCUAGAACAACUUCUUAAAAGAUAUGACAAAAAACUGGAGAAAACCGAAGGACAAAUACAAAUAAUGUCAAGCAGAAUUAAGGUACAUGGUAACAUGUCGGAAUUUUUUUUUAUUAAAUUACUUUCAACCUAUUAA